GUUGCCAAUGUUUUCAGUGACUCAUAUUAGGGAGCACGGCGCUGUACUAAUUCAGUAAAAAGCAAACUGCCGAGGAUACCUCCCGGGUCUCGGUGUGACCUCAGCCCUGACGCGCAGACGAGGCCCAAUAUGAAGGAAUUAACACCAAUAAUACUUGAACACAAGUGUUGGCAACCCACGACUUUCAUAAGCACAAAGAAAUAAACCACGGCACGUCAUUAGCGUCCAGUUAAAUGACGCACAUGUGAGGGGAGGAACAACGCUACAAGUCAAGGAGUCAACUAUAAAAGAUGGGGUCUAUUCACCAGACCGAUCAAGUUCCAUUCGGUGGGAAGACCUUAGAAGGAAACCCAUUGGCUUCGCUGAGCGGUGAAGUGCAAAGGUGUUGAUAAGCAUGCUUUGGAGCCCCACAGCUUGUGUACUUCUGUUGGCGCUGGUUGCGUGCAGGGGCGAGCAGGGGGACGCCAUCAGCAGAGUGCUCCAGUCCAGGGACUAUGGAGUCAAGCUGUGCGGAAGGGAGUUCAUACGUGCCGUCAUUUUCACCUGCGGAGGCUCCCGAUGGAAGAGACUCAACAUGGCAGACGAUGCCUUCCAGCGGAGUCCCGACCGUGACGAGCAGCCCGCUAUCCACAACCUUCUUCACCGGCGCCGCUCCUCCGCCUUUUCUUCCGAUUCUGGAACCGAAGUCUUGACCGUUCACACGCAUCAGAGCAAGAGAAACGAACCUGAAUGGUUCAAUGUUUUGGGCGCGCUGGCAAAGUUGCAUCCUCGAAUCGGCGACGACGACAGCAGCAGGGGAAGGCGGCACUUUUCUCAAGGUGUCGCUGGCGUCUGCUGUAGCCAAGGUUGCACUCGAAAUGAUAUAGGACGCUUGUGUUGAGUUGUUUAUCAACGCUCUGUUGUCUCGGAAUUAAAAUGUCCAGAUUUUGUUUGGGGGUAAAAACGUUUUCAUUUUUUUUCAUCUAACUGAUCACAUGAAACAACACUGUUGCAUGAAUGCCCACAUUUGGCCAGUCAGGGAUAAAUAACCACAUUUAUCAAAAAGCUGGAGUUGAAAAAGGAAGCUGAUGCAAAAUAAAAAAAAUCGACAAUAUUGCAAUAUACAAAGGUGUGUUUCAAUAAAUUAUUCAAUGUUGGGAAAUUUAUCUCAUUAGGGUAGGAGUUAAAACAAGCAUGAAAAUGGGUGAGGGGUUAAAAAGGUCAGGUUUUUUUUUUUUUUUUUACUAAUUUAGCAAUGAAAUUUUUGAUGUUUAUUAAUUCAUAAAUUUUUUGGGGAAAACUUAAAUUCUUUAAUAAAGUGCAAAUAAACACCUAAAUAACAAUAAAUCACAAAUAAACAAUGAGGUCAAAUGCUGAUAGCAUUAACUAGUGCAAAAGAAUGGAAUGUCAACAGAUUCAGAACACUGAAUUUGCCUUUCCAACAUGAUUCAAUUCUUAAAAAAAUAUCUAGCAUUAAUAGUAUAGUAUACUACUACCAUAUAUAUAAAAUAGUAUUAUAGUCAUUGCCAAUCAGAUUUUUCAUAAAGGGUGUCAUUUUAAAGCUAUUCUUAAUGUAGAAUCUGAAUUCUAAAGUACCGGUAUGUGGGAUUAACUCCAGAAAUCGUUAUUUAUAUGAUGAACAUGACGCGCUUUUAUUUUUGAAAUGUUCACCGGAAGUACGUUCCCUAAACAGCUAACUUAACACUACGCAAAAAAAAAGCUUUUACUUUUUUUGUCAUUGCAUGUGGUGUCAGUAAGAUUUUUUUUUUAAAAUUUGUUUGCAAAUGCUGUUAAUCAGCGAUUUUUCAUGUUUGAAGUGUCACUUUUUAACUGCAAGUUUGCGUUUUGGAGAAGACUGCUAAUGUUUCAUAGCAGGCUAAAGUAGGUUGUCUUUUUUUCCCCAUUGGCCCCAAUGUAGCAAUGCUAAUGUUUACAGUGUUUAAUAUAAAUGUGUUUCCUUAUGUUGUAUGUCUGAACUUUAAUUAUAUGGCGUGCUGAUGACCAAUCUGUGAAAAGAACUGGAGUCUCUUAUGCCAUGAACAUGCUCGUGUGCACGCACACACGCACUUAAUAAAACGCAGCUGUGAAAAUGACCACCCUCAUUUUUAUUUACCGUGCGAUAAAUGGACUUAUUGCAUAUCGCGACAGGCUUAGCAACUUCAAUAAAAAUGUCAUUAGUUAGUUAGAGGGACUUACGA